GUCGCGCCCGCGGCCCCGGGCGCUGCUGACCCGACUUUGGGUCUGAGUGUGUUUCCUGCGGGGCGUGGUUCCUGGCCCCAGGGCAGCAAGUCCCAGGCUAGUGGCUCGAUUUUCACACAUCUGUAAAUGUACAAGUGUCAGCAUUUUAAAUGGCUGCAUCGUAUUGUGGGUAUUUUUACGUUGGGCGAAAAAGUUAAAAGCUCACUCGUCGUGUGGCUAAGUUUCUUUGGACGAGAAGGAAGCAAAAGUCCAAGGUACAAAACUCAAACAUGAACAAGGAUACAUAUUACCAAUGUUCAAAGCUGAUUUGGGUAGAACUGGAAUACAGUUGUAUACAGCAUAUUCUAGAGGAAUUAAAAAAGUCAAAGUAAUGGAUAAUAGAAAAGAGCCUCCAUUCUUCAAUGAAGAUAACGUGGGACCAUUUUACUUCAAACUUCCUUUCUAUGACACCAUGGAACUCUUCAUCGAAACAUUGACUGGAACAUGUUUUGAAUUAAGAGUUUCACCCUUCGAAGCUGUUAUCUCUGUGAAAGGAAAAAUUCAAAGAUUGGAAGGUAUUCCCAUCUGUCAGCAGCACUUAAUUUGGAAUAACAUGGAGCUUGAAGAUGAUUAUUGCUUGAAUGAUUACAACAUUUCAGAAGGUUGUACCUUGAAGCUGGUAUUGGCUAUGCGUGGUGGACCAAUAAGUACUAGAAAAGUUCCCGUGGAAGACCCACUUAGGGAGCUUGCUGAGUACAUGGAUUCCAGUCAAGAUGAGGUCUGGGAAAAGACCUCUUGCAACAAACAAGUUACGUUUUUGGUAUACCGGGAAGGCGAUCAAUUGAAUUUCUUUCGUGUAGUAGAUAGGGGAGAUGGCACUUUAACACCGUUAUCUGAAUCUUUAAGUGGUGGUUCUGUGUAUAAUUUGUAUACAGAUGAGGACGAAGAAACUGAGCCUUCUCCUUCUGGGCAACAGAUCAUUGAAAAUUCAAUAACUAUGAAUAAGAUGAAGCUGCUGAAGGCUAAGAUGGAGAACAUGAAUCUCAGCAAAAAGCCUAAGAAAGUUGUCAAGGUAAAACCUCGUCCACCUGUAGCUCCUCGACCUCCCAGCAGUUCAGCAGCAAUAGCCCGGCACAGACUGUUAAGAGUCCUGCCUCACAUCGGGCAGUCUUGUUUACCUUCUCCAGGGAAUGCUUAUCUCCCUGAAACAUCCAGGAAUGCAGACACAAGUUCUUCAGCAGCUCAGGCCCCUGCGGAUAGACCAGUGUCAUCUCUCAGGAAUGAACUGCUGAAGGAGGAUGAUAAUUGGGAGAUUAACACACUGUCUCAUCCUACGGGUAGCAUCAGACUGCUACCUCAGAUGGCCCACAUAGAACUGGAAAAUGACAAAGAGCUUGCAGACUCCGUACUUCAUCUUGGACCAUCUCUGCCUAGGCGGACAAAACUCCUUUCAGGGAACUUGCCAUUGAGUAAUGAGGAUGAUGUCUUAUUUCCACCAUCAGAAGAAUGUGUAUCUGAAGAGUUGCUGCUGCCGGAAGUAGGUCCUUUUGCUCCAUUUGCAGAAGGAAAUGGUGUUGAGCAGAACAGUGGUGUAGAAGGCAUAGGGAAGGUAACGCCAGAGUUCCCACUCUCUAAAGGUGAUAGAGGGCGGAGAGCAGCAGAGCAGCCCCUGAACCACGUGGCCAGAGUGUUGAAUAGUGACCCAGUAGACAAUGCAAUUCUUAACCACCGAGAGUCGAGCUCUCACAAGAACAGACUCCUGUCGCCACUUCUCUGUGCUGCACCAAUGUCACUACACAAUUCUCUGGUGAAGCCACAGAGACAGUCAAAAUGUUUUGAGUCUGGCAACCCCUCAGCGUCUGCUUCACAGAAUGCCCUGCGGGAAUUGGACAUUCGAACCAAAGCCGAUACUUCUUUCUCUAGGACUGCUCGCUUCCGUGGUGUUAAAGUCGAUUCCCCUGGGAAAAGAUCUGAUGUUAUUUCCAAAGUUGAAGCUCGAGAUAUCACAGAAAUGGCUAACAAAGCUUCCAAAGAGCCUGUUGGUUGUGUAAAUAACAAUGGCUUUUUGGCUUCACUCGCACGGAGUGCAAGCAGAGACAGUUUGCAGAGCACACGUGGGGCAGGCAGGCUCCGACCCUCUGGAAUUGGGUUAUCUACAAACUUCCAGCACUUUCAGGAUGAAAACAUUAGGAAAAAUUCUCCCCAGUCAGAACCUACAGAAUUUUUUCUAUCUGCUCGUGGUAUUGGAAUGAGUGGAAAUAAUGCAGCAGCAGGGAAAAGAGUAGGAGAAAGCACCCGACACCUUCCACCCGUGAAAGCCCCUCUUCAAGCAAAGAAGAAAAUAACGAAACAUUGUUUUCUUUGUGGAAAGAAAACAGGAUUGGCCACUAGCUUCGAAUGCAGAUGUGGAAACAACUUCUGUGCAUCUCAUCGCUAUGCAGAAACUCAUGGCUGCACUUAUGACUACAAGAGUGCAGGAAGGAGAUACUUGCAGGAGGCAAACCCUGUGGUUAAUGCACCAAAACUUCCCAAAAUCUAACUCUUCUCUGCGCUUUACUGCUCUGCCUGAGGAAUCCUAUUAUAUUGACAGAAGAAAUAUUGUUUAGACUGCAUUAUUUUUGUUCGACUCCAAAAGAUUUGCCAAAUAACAAGAGCACAAAGUGCAUACUGUUGGAGAAUGAAAAUGCCUAUUGUAUUGAUGUCUUUAUUCUUUGGUGAAUCAAAAGUUUUAAAAGUAGUUUUAAAAACUUUACACUAUAAUGAUUUAGUUUUGUUAUUGCAUGUCUGUGUUAAGUAUUUUAUAUUUGAGAUUGGAAUUAUUUAUUAGACAAAUCUUCAAAAGAUGCACUUUAGGAAGUUACCAUUGGCUGUGUAUCCAGGCUUCCAUGUUGUACAGAAAUGAGUGGUUCUGUAAUGCCUCUUUUCAAACUGAACACAUCUUGCUUUUUUCUUUCUUUUCUUGUGGGGAUGGGUAGAUGGGAUUUUUUUUCUUUUUAUAAAUCCCACGUGUGAAAGUUUAUGAGGUUUGCUAACAAGUUCUUUUUUAAAAGAACAUUUGUUUUUCCAGUGUGAUUUUUAACACGUAUAUUUCUUCCAUAUUCAGAUUGGCAUUCAUAUAUGUAUCCAUUCUGUAGAACACAUCAUGUUAAUAUAGUAUACAUUUUUUAAAAUACUACUUUUUAAAUGGUAGUUUUAAAAUAACAGUGUCUUGUUGCCAUUGAAAACAGAAGCCAACUUUUCAUUUUUCAAAAAAUGGCUAUAUAUAUUUUUAAAAGUCUCACAAACUUGGUUAAUUUUCUUACAUAUUGAGUGCUUUUACAGGGGAAAAUAAUAUUCAAAUAAAUAUUCAACUUCAAAAUGA